AUGCCCAGGCCGGGCAAGAGCUCGUACAGCGACCAGAAGCCGCCCUACUCCUACAUCUCGCUGACGGCCAUGGCCAUCCAGCACUCGGCCGAGAAGAUGCUGCCGCUGAGCGACAUCUAUAAGUUCAUCAUGGAGCGCUUCCCCUACUACCGCGAGCACACGCAGCGCUGGCAGAACUCGCUGCGCCACAACCUCUCCUUCAACGACUGCUUCAUCAAGAUCCCGCGCCGGCCCGACCAGCCGGGCAAGGGCAGCUUCUGGGCGCUGCACCCGGACUGCGGGGACAUGUUCGAGAACGGCAGCUUCCUGCGGCGCCGCAAACGCUUCAAGGUGCCGCGCGCCGCGCCCGGCGCCGCCAAGGGCCCCGCGGGGCCGCCGCCGCCUCCGCCACCGCCGCCCCUCGUGCACUACUACCCCGCGCAGCCCGGCAAGCCGCCCGAGGCCGCCGUGGCCGCCGCCGUGGCCGCCGCCGCCGCCAGCAUGGGCCGCCUGCAGCCGCUGCCGCCCUACGGCGGCGGCUUCAAGCACCCCUUCGCCAUCGAGAACCUCAUCGGGCGCGAGUACAAGGGCGCGCUCCCGCCCGCCGGUCUGCCGCUGGCCUCCGUCAUGCACCACCUGGGCUACCCCGGCUCCGUCUGGCCGCCCGUCGGCGUCGUGGACUCGGCGGCCGCCCACGGCCCCGACUACGGGCCCUUCGGCGUGCCCGUCAAGGCGCUCUGCCACCCGCCCGCCGCCCCGAGCCUGCCCGCCGUGCCCGUGCCCAUCAAGCCCGCGCCCGGCCUGCCCGGCCUGCCCUCGCAGCUCUGCCCCGCUGCCGCCGCCGCCGCCGCCGCCGCCGCCCCCGCCCUGCUGGAGCAGCCCCCGCCCGAGGCCAAAGGCAGCGCCCUGCACUCCGUGCUCGUGCACUCCUAG